GUGUGGUGGUGUGUGCCUGCAAUCCAAGCUACUUGGGAGGCUGAGGCAGCAAAAUGGCUUGAACCCAGGAGGCAGGGAUUCCAGUGAGCCAAGAUUGCACCACUGCACUCCAGCCUGGUGAGAGAGCAAGACUCCAUCUCAAAAACAACAACAACAACAACAACAAAAAAGAAAAUCAAAUAGCUAAAAUUAGUGAUAAAGAAUAUCUUAUCAGAAGUUGGAUAAUACAGUCAGGAUUCACAGAAAGGAACAAAGAUCAGACAUGUGAUGGACUUCUUAGAAACUAUGCAAGGGAAAAUACAAUGGUGUGGCAUCUUUACUGAAGAAGAAAAAUUGUUAACUAAGAAUUUUGUACCCAGAAAAUAAUUCUUUCAAAAACAGAGGCAAAGCAAACCCUUUUUUAGCCAAACAAAAGCUGAGACAGUUAAUUGCCAGCAAAUCUGCAAUUUGAAAAAUGUUAUAAAAGGUUGUUUAUAAAAGGAAAAUGAUACCAGAUAAAAAUUUGCAUCUAAGCAAAGGAAAGAAGAGCACCAGAAAUGGAAAUUAUGUGGAUAAAUAUAAAGAUUAUUCAGUUUUUAAUUUUUAAAACGGAAUUGAUAAUAGAACAAAAUAAUGUGCUAUGUUAACAUAUGUAGAAGAAAACGUAUGCUAACACUAGCACAAGAAAGUGAGCAGGAAUGUAAAAUUAAAUACUGUGAGGUUUGUAAAUUAUAUCUAAAGUGGCAUAAUGUAAUCUGAAGGCAUAUUCUAAUAAGUUAAUGGUUUAUAUAGUAAAUCCUAGAGGAAACAGAAGAAUAAAAUGAAAUAUGUGUCACCUACUAAGAAUCCACUUUGUAGAGAUACAGAUAAAGUUGAAAGAACGGAAAGAUGACACUAAACACUAAUCAAAAUCCUUGAAAAACUAGUUUAGCAUAAAGGGACAUUUAGGACUCCCACUCACAAGACUGUAAAAGUUUGAGAGAUAUAUGGAGAAUCAUCUUCUAACAAAAAGCAAGCUGAAGACUAGGACAAAAUCUAUUCAAAUAUAUAUCUAAGAUAGGACCUAUACCGAAAUAUAUAAAUAAUUGUUGAUAAAACUCAGUAAUAAUGAGACAAACAAAAAGUGGGCAAGAGUUUUUGACAGAUAUUUCACCAAAGAUGAUAUAUGAAUGACAAGCACACACAUGAAAAGAUAAUCAACAUCAAUAAAUUAUUAGAAAAAUUCAAAUUAAAACUGCAAUGAUACACCCCUACUCCUGAGUAGAAUGGCUAAAAUGAAAGACUGAAGAUAUGAAGUAUAGAGUAUGUGGAGCAACGGGACCUCUCAUACAUUGCUAGUGGGAGUUCAGAAUGGUAUGUUUUGGAAAAUAGUGUGGCACAUGCUUACACAAAUAUAUAGUUAUCAAAUGACUCAGAAAUUCCCUUUGAGUUAUUUAUCCAUGAGAAAAUAAAAUAAAUAUCAACAUAAGACAGACAUAAAUAUUUAUAGGGACAGGCAAUGUAGCUCAAGUCUGUAAUCCCAGCACGUUGGGAGACCGAGGCAGGUGGAUCACCUGAGGUCAGGAGUUCGAGACCAGCCUAGCCAAUAUGGUGAAACCCUGUCUCUACUAAAAAUACAGAUGGUGCACAUCUGUAGUCCAAGCUACACAGGAGGCUGAAGCACGAGAAUUGCCAGAACCCAGGAGGCUGAAGUUGUAGUGAGCCGAGAUCACACCACUGCACUCCAGCCUGGGUGACAGAGCGUGACUCUGUCCCCCUCCCCCCCAAAAAUUAUAGAACUUUCCCACACUGGAAACAAAUCAAGGGUCCUUUACCAGAUAAAUGCAUAAACGAAUUGUGCCAUAUUCAAACAAUGGAAUGCAUUUGAGCCAUACAAAAGAAAGAACUAAUGAUACAUAUAACACAUGGAUAAAUCUCAAAAGCAUUAUGCUAAGUGAAAACAGCCAAAAACGAAAAUACUGAAUGAUUUCAUUUCUAUGAAAUUCUAGAAAAGGCAAAACUAGUGUUAGAAGUCACUUCAGACAUUGCCUGUGUUGAGAGUGAGACAUUAUCUACGGUAGGCAUGAGGGAACAUUUUGGAUGAAGGGAAUAUUCUACAUCUUGAUAGUGGUACUGGCCACAUUGACUUAUUUCCUUAUAUUUGUUGAAUUUUUACUUAUGUGUAAAUUCCACUUCAAUCAAGCUGUUAAAAAUAGGAAUGUGAGACCAGGCACAGUGGUUCACACUUGUAAUCCCAGCACUUUGGGAGGCCAAGGCGGGCAGAUCACCUGAGAUCAGGAGUUCGAGACCAGUCUGGCCAACACAGCGAAACCCUGGCAAAAACCUGUCGCUACUAAAAAUACAAAAAUUAGCCAGGUGUAGUGGCAGGUGCCUGUAAUCCCAGCUACUUGGGAGGCUGAGGCAUGAGAAUCGCUUGAACCCAGGAGGCAGAGGUUGCAGUGAACUGAGAUCAUGGAAUAUAGUUACUCAAGCUUAGGGGAUAGAGCAAGACUCUGUCUCCAAAAAAAAAAAAAAAAAAAAAAAAAAAAGUAAUGUGGCUUUUCUACAAUUUUAGCAAAUAUCAGAGUUGACUAUCAAAUCAUAUUUUUCCUUUCAGCAAGCAUGAUUUUGUAUUGACAGUUGAAUAUUUUUUCUCUUACUCUUUCUUAAAAAUCAUGGUUUGCAAGUUGCCAUUUUAUGAGAUUUUAUUACUUAUUUUUUAAAUUACUGAUAUUAAAAUUUAGCCAGGUUGGAACUCUCUUAUUGCCUAAAACUCCAGCUUAGCUUUAGAAGGUAUUUCAAGGGUCAAUUGCCACUUUUCCUGUUAAAUUUGAUAGGAAUAAAAUGACAACCAAUUUAUUUCAUUUUAAUUUUCAGGAUUUUUUCCUGAGUUCAGUCCUAUUAAUCCUUAUGAUCAUGACCAUAUUAGGCUUCAUGACUUUAUCUUUCUAAUUCUCAUGACUAUAUUUCCUGUAACAUUUAGAGCUAACAUUUAUUGAACACUUACUAUGUGGAAAACUAUCCUAACAACAUCAUACAUUUACUUCCUUUAAUUCUCACAGCACCCCUGUGAAGGAAGAAUAAUUAUUUUUUUACUCCAUUUUAUAGAUGAUGAAACUGAGACACAGCAACUUCCAAAUUCACAUAACUAGGAAGUAAGGAAGCAGAGAUUUGCUUUUAAGCAGUCCCACUUUACAGCCCAUUGUCUGAACUAUCAAACUACAAAUCCUAUAAUUUACAGAUCUUAAAUUCUAGUUUUUAGAAGAAUCAAUUCGCUUAAAUAUGACUCUCAGACCUUUCUCUCUCCCUCGUGAUGGUUUCAACAUGAGUUUUGCAUCCCCUCCAAAAACUCAUGUUGAAAUUUAGUUGGCAUUGUGAAUGGUAUUAAGAGAUGGAGACAUUAAAAGGUGAGUAGGCCAUGAGAACACUAACUUCAUACAUGGAUUAAUGUUAUUGUGGAAGUGGGAUUAUCAUGAGAGUAUAAUCCCUGUUAUAAAAGCGAGCUUGGCCCUUUCUGUCUCUCUUAUAUGAGUGCUCUCUUGCUCUUCUGCCUUCCACCAUGGGGAGAUGCAGCAAGAAGACCCUCACCACAUAUGGGCCCCCCACUCUUAUGCUUCCCAGCCUCCAGAACUGUAAGAAGCAAAUCUCUUGUUAUUUAUAAAUUACCCAGUUUUAGAUAUUCUGUUAUAGUAGCACAAAUGGACUGACACAGUGGGUUCGAGAUGAAUACAAUCAUCUAUAUUUUAGUAAGCACUCAGGUCACCAUCACAUCUGGUUUGUUGAACUCAGUUUGUAAAACCUCAUUUUGAACUUCAUCUACAAGGUAUCAGUGACCGUAAGCUAAUUUUUUACUUUCUCGGUGCCUUUGUCUCCUAGGUCUCAAAACGGUGUGGUUCUUUUAAGAUAAAUUGAGAUGACAACUCCUGGCACAAAGCACAUUUUUUAUAGUAAGUUAGUUUGGUUUUGUUGCUUUUGGUGGCAGAUAUUACUGCAAAAAAUUAGUUGACAGUGGCUACUAAUACCAUCUUAUAUAUCAGUCAGAGUGAAAGAUAUUGCCUAAUAUGCAAAAGGUAUUUCAAAGUGAAAAGACAUCUUAUUGAAUGUGAAUCCUUUUUUUUCAAUCUAAUUGUUCCAGGAAUUACAAUACAUUCUCCUCCAAUGUAGGUUUCUAAAAUACCAAUUAGCUCAUUUGUAAUUGGCAAACAGGAAUUUUGUACUAGUAUAAUGUAGAAGUUGUAUAGCUUUAUAUACAAUUUAUUCUAGGCAAAGGGAGGCAGAAUAGUCAGCGUAGAAUUAUAACCUUGGGUGGGCAAAGAAGCCCUCAGUUUGAAUGUUGUAUGGUCAGCAGGAGCCCUUUUGGCUCAGUUUUAAGAAAACUAAAAACAAAAACAAAAAUGAAUGCCUGCAUCUGGGGCUUCCUCUUCAAAGGGGCAUGCCCCUGGCCUUGUGCAGCUCUUAAAUAUUUGCAGUUGCCCUGACCCUGUACCCAUUUCAAUGGCAAGCCUACUGGCUUGGAGUUUGCCUUCCAACCGGAUUUCUUCCACCAAUUCUGGUUAAAGUGUUGCCAGCAUUUAUACCCAAUUUUUUUUAAUGUAAUUCUGAGUCACUUCCUUGAGUGGUCCAAAUUAUUUUCUGAGGUGCCAAUAUUAUUUUUGCUAGCAAUAUACUCCCAAAGUUGCAUACGUUUUGAGUGAACUUCCUAGAAUCAAUUUUUCCCACAAGUUCUAUUAUUUAGGUGCUGUUUUGUUUUGCAUUGUGAGGAUUACAAGUUGCAUAUGUGUUAUUAUGAACUAAACCUCAUUUUACGAACAUGAACCUCUCCAACUCUGUAUUACCUUAUAGUUUCUGAAAGUUAUAAUGUGUUGAAUGGUUUGCAAGUUGCAAAAUAACUUACUUCCUCAGAGAGAUUAUUUCAUUUCUUUGAUACCACUAGUGUUGUAUUUGUUUUGUAUUAUCCCGUUGUGUAAAGCCCACUUGGGUUACUAUUUUUAAAGCCUGCAAGACUUCUAACUUACAUUUCCUGUCUUCUAUGCUGCAUCAGCAGAACAUAUACUUUUAGUUAUUGGCUCUUUCAUCUAUAAAUUACUGCUUCUUAGAUAAAAGUACAUAGUGAUUUAAAGACCUGGAAACAGUAGGCCAAAGAUGACCAUUUCUUCACUAAGGAAAGACAUUUUCUAUAAAAAAUGGUUAUGACUUAAUAAUUUCCAUAAUUCAUUGUGUCUAUACUAAGUGUCCACCACUCAUUUUUCUAAGAUCUUUGGUUGCAUUAUUACUAAUUUUUAUAUUUGGUGAAUAUAAUUGCUCUCUGUAUCCAUUUUCUGAGUGCAAUCAGUUUCAGAACAAUAAUGCAUGGUACAUUAGAUGUUUUCUUAAAAGUUUACCCCUUGUUUAUUUAAAGUUCCUGACAUGCUUUAACCAGAAAUAGAACAUGCUAUGAUUAUAUUAAAAUAAUUCUAUGGAUGGAAGCAUCAUCAUUCAUUCUCACUGAGUAUCUGUUUGGACAGUUUUUAGAAGCUUGGGAUUUUAAGUUGGACUUAAUAAGCUUGAAUAACAGUGUUAUUUUCAACCAUUUUAAAAGACAGGUUUACAAACUAAAAUCAUACAUUCUUUCCCCCUUUCUAGCUUCAUCAUUUUAGUCAAUUUUUUCAGUGUCUCCAAGUCAUAGCUGUUCUUUCUAUAAAGUGAAGAAAAUAAAUAUGCCUGUACUUUGAGUCAUUCCAAUGAUUAAAUGUGAUAAUGCAUAAAAUGCUUAGCUCCAUAACUGCUUUGUAAUACAUUCCACAUAAGUAUUAGCUUUGAAUGUUUUUAUAAUCAUGACUUUUAAAAUUUGGGAACAAUGAUUACUAUAUAUUUAGUGCCCUGCUUCCUGUGUUUACUCUAUUUUCAUAACCUAGGCAGCUAUGGUCCGAUGAAUGAUUUAACUGCUUUAGCUAGUUGCACUAUUGCAUGAUUUUAGCCUGAUUUCAUGGGAUGCAACAGAAUGAACAUCGUGGCUCAUGGCUGUCAGUAGUGAAAAAUAGCUGGAAAUCAGACAAACAACUUUAUUGCUGAGAUUGUUUCCGGGCUAAAAGUUCUUCCAACAGCUGUUUGUUUUGGCCAUUAACAUGUCCAUUCUUUUUAUUUUUUCUGAGCUGGGGGAAAUACAAUUUUCUUUAAAAAGAGAAUGCAGGCUGGCUAUUUCUGAAAUCAGGAAGAACCCCUGUCCUUCCACUGUUGUGGUCUUUUGGCUGCUCUGACAGUUGGACUGAAGGGCUUUUCCUUUUGAUUUUUUCCUCUUUUUCGCUCUCAAAGUUCAGACUCAGACUGCUUUAGUGAGAAAAAAAAAAAAAAAAGCAAAACUAAGAGCUCUUUAAUCCUAAAAAGGAGCUUUGUAGCAGUUACCUUGAAGAAGAGUUUACUCCCCAAAGGAGUAUUUAGUAUUACUUAGACACUGAGUCACUGAACAGAGAGCGAGAGAGAGACAGAGAGAGAGAGAGAGACAGAGAGAGAGAGAGAAAGACAGAGAGAGAGAGAGAGAAUGAGAAUGAAUAUGAAUCCCAGCCAGCAAGAAAGAAAAGAUACUUAACUAAAGAUGCAGGGAAGUUUUGCCUCUUCCUGAAAAUUAUAUUAUUAGCUUUUUAAAAAUCAGGAUGACUGCUAGUUUUGUUUAAAGUAUUUGUUCUGGAAAUACUAAAGUUGGAGUCUACCAGACUGAGGUUAGAAGCAUUUUCUUUGGCAGCAAGAAGAUAAUUUUAUAGAAGCCAUGCCUGUUCUUGGGGUUGCCUCAAAACUGAGGCAGCCAGCUGUUGGGUCAAAGCCUGUGCAUACUGCUCUUCCGAUACCAAAUCUUGGCACUACUGGGUCACAGCACUGUUCUUCAAGACCUUUGGAACUUGCUGAAACAGAGAGCUCCAUGCUUUCUUGUCAGCUUGCAUUAAAAUCAACCUGUGAAUUUGGAGAGAAGAAACCCCUCCAAGGAAAAGCCAAGGAGAAAGAAGACAGCAAGAUUUACACUGACUGGGCCAACCACUACCUAGCAAAAUCAGGCCACAAGCGGCUGAUCAAGGACUUGCAACAAGACAUUGCAGAUGGAGUACUCCUAGCAGAAAUCAUCCAGAUUAUUGCAAAUGAAAAAGUUGAAGAUAUCAAUGGAUGUCCUAGAAGUCAGUCUCAGAUGAUUGAAAAUGUUGAUGUCUGCCUUAGUUUUCUAGCAGCCAGAGGGGUAAAUGUUCAAGGUCUAUCUGCUGAAGAAAUAAGAAAUGGAAACUUAAAAGCCAUUCUAGGGCUGUUUUUCAGUUUAUCUCGCUACAAGCAGCAACAACACCAUCAACAACAGUACUAUCAGUCCUUGGUGGAACUUCAGCAGCGAGUUACUCACGCUUCCCCUCCAUCGGAAGCCAGCCAGGCCAAAACCCAACAAGAUAUGCAGUCCAGUCUGGCAGCCAGAUAUGCAACUCAGUCUAAUCACAGUGGAAUUGCAACCAGUCAAAAAAAGCCUACUAGGCUUCCAGGGCCGUCUAGGGUGCCUGCUGCAGGCAGCAGCAGCAAGGUCCAGGGAGCCUCUAAUUUAAAUAGGAGAAGUCAGAGCUUUAACAGCAUUGACAAAAACAAGCCUCCAAAUUAUGCAAAUGGAAACGAAAAAGAUUCCUCCAAAGGACCUCAAUCGUCUUCAGGUGUAAAUGGUAACGUGCAGCCUCCCAGUACUGCUGGGCAGCCUCCUGCCUCUGCCAUCCCUUCUCCAAGUGCCAGCAAGCCCUGGCGCAGCAAGUCCAUGAAUGUCAAACACAGUGCCACCUCCACCAUGUUGACUGUAAAGCAGUCAAGUCCAGCCACCUCGCCCACACCAUCUUCAGACAGACUGAAGCCACCUGUCUCAGAAGGGGUCAAAACUGCUCCCUCAGGACAGAAAUCCAUGCUUGAGAAAUUCAAGCUAGUCAAUGCCCGGACUGCUUUACGCUCCCCGCAGCCUCCCAGUUCAGGACCUAGUGAUGGUGGGAAGGAUGAUGAUGCCUUCUCUGAAUCUGGUGAAAUGGAAGGUUUUAACAGUGGUCUGAAUAGUGGUGGCUCAACAAAUAGCAGUCCCAAAGUGUCGCCUAAGUUGGCCCCUCCAAAAGCUGGAAGCAAAAAUCUCAGCAAUAAAAAGUCUUUGCUACAGCCAAAGGAAAAAGAAGAAAAGAACAGGGACAAAAACAAAGUUUGCACUGAAAAACCAGUCAAAGAAGAGAAGGAUCAGGUGACAGAGAUGGCUCCAAAAAAGACCUCCAAAAUUGCAAGCUUGAUCCCUAAGGGCAGCAAGACAACAGCAGCUAAGAAGGAAAGCUUAAUUCCAUCUUCCAGUGGUAUUCCAAAACCAGGCUCUAAAGUUCCAACAGCAAAGCAAACCAUUUCACCUGGCAGCACAGCAAGCAAAGAGUCUGAGAAAUUCAGGACUACCAAGGGGAGCCCUUCCCAGUCCUUAACUAAGCCUAUAACCAUGGAGAAAGCAAGUGCUUCUAGUUGUCCUGCCCCUUUGGAAGGAAGGGAAGCUGGCCAAGCUUCUCCUUCUGGUUCCUGUACCAUGACAGUGGCACAAAGCAGUGGGCAGAGCACAGGAAAUGGUGCUGUCCAACUCCCUCAACAGCAGCAACAUAGCCACCCGAAUACUGCGACAGUGGCACCAUUCAUUUACAGGGCACAUUCAGAAAAUGAAGGUACCGCUUUACCAUCGGCUGACUCCUGUACCAGUCCUACAAAGAUGGACUUAUCAUAUAGUAAGACUGCUAAGCAGUGCCUGGAGGAGAUAUCUGGUGAAGACCCUGAAACAAGAAGAAUGAGAACAGUUAAAAACAUAGCAGACUUGAGGCAGAAUUUAGAAGAGACUAUGUCCAGUCUUCGUGGGACUCAGAUAAGCCACAGCACCCUGGAGACAACAUUUGACAGCACUGUGACAACAGAAGUGAAUGGAAGGACCAUACCCAACUUGACAAGUCGACCCACCCCCAUGACCUGGAGGUUGGGCCAGGCAUGUCCGCGACUUCAGGCGGGAGAUGCUCCCUCCCUAGGUGCUGGCUAUCCUCGCAGCGGUACCAGUCGAUUCAUCCACACAGACCCCUCGAGGUUCAUGUAUACCACGCCUCUCCGUCGAGCUGCUGUCUCUAGGCUGGGAAACAUGUCACAGAUUGACAUGAGUGAGAAAGCAAGCAGUGACCUGGACAUGUCUUCUGAAGUCGAUGUGGGUGGAUAUAUGAGUGAUGGUGAUAUCCUUGGGAAAAGUCUCAGGACUGAUGACAUCAACAGUGGGUACAUGACAGAUGGAGGACUUAACCUAUAUACUAGAAGUCUGAACCGAAUACCAGACACAGCAACUUCCCGGGACAUCAUCCAGAGAGGGGUUCACGAUGUGACAGUGGAUGCAGACAGCUGGGAUGACAGCAGUUCGGUGAGCAGUGGUCUCAGUGACACCCUUGAUAACAUCAGCACUGAUGACCUGAACACCACUUCCUCUGUCAGCUCUUACUCCAACAUCACCGUCCCCUCUAGGAAGAAUACUCAGCUGAGGACAGAUUCAGAGAAACGCUCCACCACAGAUGAGACCUGGGAUAGUCCUGAGGAACUGAAAAAACCAGAAGAAGAUUUUGACAGCCAUGGGGAUGCUGGUGGCAAGUGGAAGACUGUGUCCUCUGGACUUCCUGAAGACCCCGAGAAGGCAGGGCAGAAAGCUUCCCUGUCUGUUUCACAGACAGGUUCCUGGAGAAGAGGCAUGUCUGCCCAAGGAGGGGCGCCAUCUAGGCAGAAAGCUGGAACAAGUGCACUCAAAACUCCUGGGAAAACCGAUGAUGCCAAAGCUUCUGAGAAAGGAAAAGCUCCCCUAAAAGGAUCAUCUCUACAAAGGUCUCCUUCAGAUGCAGGAAAAAGCAGUGGAGAUGAAGGGAAAAAGCCCCCCUCAGGCAUUGGAAGAUCGACUGCCACCAGCUCCUUUGGCUUUAAGAAACCAAGUGGAGUAGGGUCAUCUGCCAUGAUCACCAGCAGUGGAGCAACCAUAACAAGUGGCUCUGCAACACUGGGUAAAAUUCCAAAAUCUGCUGCCAUUGGCGGGAAGUCAAAUGCAGGGAGAAAAACCAGUUUGGACGGUUCACAGAAUCAGGAUGAUGUUGUGCUGCAUGUUAGCUCAAAGACUACCCUACAAUAUCGCAGCUUGCCCCGCCCUUCAAAAUCCAGCACCAGUGGCAUUCCUGGCCGAGGUGGCCACAGAUCCAGUACCAGCAGUAUUGAUUCCAACGUCAGCAGCAAGUCUGCUGGGGCCACCACCUCAAAACUGAGAGAACCAACUAAAAUUGGGUCAGGGCGCUCGAGUCCUGUCACCGUCAACCAAACAGACAAGGAAAAGGAAAAAGUAGCAGUCUCAGAUUCAGAAAGUGUUUCUUUGUCAGGUUCCCCCAAAUCCAGCCCCACCUCUGCCAGCGCCUGUGGUGCACAAGGUCUCAGGCAGCCAGGAUCCAAGUAUCCAGAUAUUGCCUCACCCACAUUUCGAAGGUUGUUUGGUGCCAAGGCAGGUGGCAAAUCUGCCUCUGCACCUAAUACUGAGGGUGUGAAAUCUUCCUCAGUAAUGCCCAGCCCUAGUACCACAUUAGCGCGGCAAGGCAGUCUGGAGUCACCGUCGUCCGGUACGGGCAGCAUGGGCAGUGCUGGUGGGCUAAGCGGCAGCAGCAGCCCUCUCUUCAAUAAACCCUCAGACUUAACUACAGAUGUUAUAAGCUUAAGUCACUCGUUGGCCUCCAGCCCAGCAUCGGUUCACUCUUUCACGUCAGGUGGUCUCGUGUGGGCUGCCAAUAUGAGCAGUUCCUCUGCAGGCAGCAAGGAUACUCCGAGCUACCAGUCCAUGACUAGCCUCCACACGAGCUCUGAGUCCAUUGACCUCCCCCUCAGCCAUCAUGGCUCCUUGUCUGGACUGACCACAGGCACUCACGAGGUCCAGAGCCUGCUCAUGAGAACGGGUAGUGUGAGAUCUACUCUCUCAGAAAGCAUGCAGCUUGACAGAAAUACACUACCCAAAAAGGGACUAAGAUAUACCCCAUCAUCUCGGCAGGCCAGCCAAGAAGAGGGCAAAGAGUGGUUGCGUUCUCAUUCUACUGGAGGGCUUCAGGACACUGGCAACCAGUCACCUCUGGUUUCCCCUUCUGCCAUGUCAUCUUCUGCAGCUGGAAAAUACCACUUUUCUAACUUGGUGAGCCCAACAAAUUUGUCUCAAUUUAACCUUCCCGGGCCCAGCAUGAUGCGCUCAAACAGCAUCCCAGCCCAAGACUCUUCCUUCGAUCUCUAUGAUGACUCCCAGCUUUGUGGGAGUGCCACUUCUCUGGAGGAAAGACCUCGUGCCAUCAGUCAUUCAGGCUCAUUCAGAGACAGCAUGGAAGAAGUUCAUGGCUCUUCAUUAUCACUGGUGUCCAGCACUUCUUCUCUUUACUCUACAGCUGAAGAAAAGGCUCAUUCAGAGCAAAUCCAUAAACUGCGGAGAGAGCUGGUUGCAUCACAAGAAAAAGUUGCUACCCUCACAUCUCAGCUUUCAGCAAAUGCUCACCUUGUAGCAGCUUUUGAAAAGAGCUUAGGGAAUAUGACUGGCCGAUUGCAAAGUCUAACUAUGACAGCGGAACAAAAGGAAUCUGAACUUAUAGAACUAAGAGAAACCAUUGAAAUGCUGAAGGCUCAGAAUUCUGCUGCCCAGGCGGCUAUUCAGGGAGCGCUGAAUGGUCCAGACCAUCCUCCCAAAGAUCUUCGCAUCAGAAGACAGCAUUCCUCUGAAAGUGUUUCUAGUAUCAACAGUGCCACAAGCCAUUCCAGUAUUGGCAGUGGUAAUGAUGCUGACUCCAAGAAGAAGAAAAAGAAAAACUGGGUGAACUCUAGAGGAAGUGAGCUGAGAAGUUCUUUCAAACAAGCCUUUGGGAAGAAAAAGUCCACCAAGCCUCCUUCAUCACAUUCUGACAUUGAAGAGCUUACUGAUUCAUCCCUUCCAGCAUCCCCCAAGUUACCCCAUAAUGCUGGUGACUGUGGCUCAGCAUCCAUGAAGCCCUCACAAUCUGCUUCAGCGAUCUGUGAAUGCACAGAAGCUGAGGCAGAGAUAAUUCUGCAGCUGAAGAGCGAGCUCAGAGAAAAGGAAUUAAAAUUAACGGAUAUUCGGCUGGAGGCCCUCAGCUCUGCUCAUCAUCUUGAUCAGAUCCGGGAAGCCAUGAACCGGAUGCAGAAUGAAAUUGAAAUACUGAAAGCUGAAAAUGACCGGUUGAAGGCAGAAACUGGUAACACAGCUAAGCCUACUCGGCCACCAUCAGAAUCCUCAAGCAGCACCUCCUCUUCAUCUUCCAGGCAGUCAUUAGGACUUUCUCUAAACAAUUUGAACAUCACAGAGGCUGUUAGCUCAGAUAUUUUGCUAGAUGACGCUGGUGAUGCAACUGGACAUAAAGAUGGCCGCAGUGUGAAAAUUAUAGUCUCCAUAAGCAAGGGCUAUGGUCGAGCAAAGGACCAAAAGUCUCAGGCAUAUUUGAUAGGAUCCAUUGGUGUCAGUGGAAAAACCAAGUGGGAUGUCUUAGAUGGUGUAAUAAGACGUCUCUUUAAGGAAUAUGUAUUCCGAAUUGAUACAUCCACUAGCCUUGGUCUGAGCUCUGACUGCAUUGCUAGCUACUGUAUAGGAGACUUAAUUAGAUCCCAUAACCUAGAAGUGCCUGAAUUGCUGCCUUGUGGAUACCUUGUUGGAGAUAAUAACAUCAUCACUGUGAACCUCAAAGGGGUAGAAGAAAAUAGUUUGGACAGUUUUGUUUUUGAUACGCUGAUUCCUAAACCAAUUACCCAAAGGUACUUUAACUUGUUGAUGGAGCAUCACAGAAUUAUACUCUCAGGACCGAGUGGUACUGGAAAGACCUAUUUGGCAAACAAACUUGCUGAAUAUGUAAUAACCAAAUCUGGAAGGAAAAAAACAGAGGAUGCAAUUGCCACUUUUAAUGUGGACCACAAGUCAAGUAAGGAAUUGCAACAAUAUCUAGCUAACCUGGCUGAACAGUGCAGUGCUGAUAAUAAUGGAGUGGAGCUCCCAGUUGUAAUAAUCCUUGAUAAUCUUCAUCAUGUGGGCUCUCUGAGUGAUAUCUUCAAUGGUUUUCUCAAUUGUAAAUACAACAAAUGUCCAUAUAUUAUUGGAACAAUGAAUCAGGGAGUUUCUUCAUCACCAAAUCUAGAGCUGCAUCACAAUUUCAGGUGGGUAUUAUGUGCAAAUCAUACAGAACCAGUGAAAGGCUUUUUAGGCAGAUAUCUUCGAAGAAAACUCAUAGAGAUAGAAAUUGAAAGGAACAUUCGCAAUAAUGACCUAGUCAAAAUUAUAGAUUGGAUUCCGAAGAUGUGGCAUCAUCUCAACAGUUUUUUGGAAACACACAGUUCUUCUGACGUUACCAUUGGUCCCCGACUAUUCCUUCCUUGCCCCAUGGAUGUAGAAGGUUCUAGAGUAUGGUUCAUGGAUCUCUGGAACUAUUCUUUAGUACCUUAUAUUCUGGAGGCAGUGAGAGAGGGUCUUCAGAUGUAUGGGAAACGCACACCGUGGGAAGACCCUUCAAAGUGGGUGCUUGACACAUAUCCAUGGAGCUCAGCAUCUCUGCCUCAGGAGAGCCCAGCCUUACUUCAGCUGCGACCAGAAGAUGUUGGGUAUGAAAGCUGCACAUCCACUAAGGAAGCCACAACCUCAAAGCACAUUCCGCAAACUGACACAGAAGGAGAUCCCCUGAUGAAUAUGCUAAUGAAACUCCAAGAAGCAGCCAAUUACUCGAGCACACAAAGCUGCGACAGCGAAAGCACCAGCCACCAUGAAGACAUUUUGGAUUCAUCUCUUGAAUCUACCCUCUAGAGGGUGAAAAAAGUUAAGGGAAAAGACUUUGCUUUUAAAAAAAUGUUUCAAAAGAAAGGUAUUUUCACUAAACUACUGCCAGUAUAAAAGCACCCUGUCAAGGGCCCUGACCCAGAGUUGUGGUCUCCAAGGAGGCAGCAGAACUAAGUCUGAACCGCCAAGAUGCUAAAUUGCAAUGGAAGCUUAACUUUAGUUUAUUUCUAAGCAUUUUUUAUAUCUGUGGAGUGAUAGAAAGCUCCAUUACUCAACUGGAAAGGACCCUAAUGACAGGGCAACUGAAUAGAUUGCACAUGGGAUAGCCAAACUGGACUUUCUUUGUUUCCUCUUUAAAAGUUUACAAUGCAGACCAUUUUUUGUCCCUUCCUUUUGUUUCCUCUGAGGGGCUGUUCGCCCCAGGCAGGGUUCAUCUUUCUGAUCUGUCCAACCUCCUUUGUGCCACACGGUGCUGGUCACAGGGCUUCAGUAGUGUUUGUGUUGUGCGCUCACCCCAUUCCAGAACAAAUCCAAGAGGCCAGUCCUCCAUAAGCACAAAUGGAAUUGUGCAACCACCAGAAAAACACUACUGUGGCAAACUGGAGAAGUGCCAAUUUAAUUCUAACUGCCACGUUCUCAUGAUGUGCUCCACCAACUUUUUAGUAUAUGAGUCACUGGUUUUAUAAGGUUGUUUUUACCACAGUGGUCUUUUUAAACCACCUGCCCACUCCCUUAACAAGAGUUUUAUACCAAUUAUUAGUCAACACUGAUAAAAGGCUUUUUUAGGGCUUUAUUUGUUUGAGCCUUUUCAGUGAAAGAAGGAACAUUUCCUAUGGUGCUGUCUCACUGCCUUAAAACAGAUUUCUAUGACAGUUUAACAGUUGGUUUAAAUUCUAAACCAUUGGUAAUUUCCACUGUCUUUUCAUUUACAACCAAGCAACACCGGUUAACACAGUAGCCUCAUCUCUAUAUAUCUUUCUCUUUUUUUUUUUUUUGAAGAAAUGGAUAGGAGAAAGAUCAGUAUUUUUAGCCUUGUGAAUAGAUCGCUUUGCCUAUCCUCCAAAAUAUUAAAAUAACCCAGAAAUGCUCUUUGACCGUCACUUAAAACCUAAGACAUGUGGCGAAAUUCCAUCCAGUUCUAAGUGAAAGAGUUUCAGAAGGCAGGAGAUUUUGAAUUAUUAUCCAGCAGGGCUGGAAGCACUAGAUGCAGCAUGAGCACAACUAUUCGGCUUUCCUUCCCUAUUGUUUUUGUUUUUUUAAUGAGUUUUGACGCAUGUUGUUUUGAUUGCUAUUGUUGUACAUGAGAAAUUCAGCAUUAAAGAACACUGAAGCGGUAAGGUCACUGUGGAAGAGGAAGCGUUUAUACUGUAAAAGAAGGUUAGAUUUGCACAGUCUACUGGGUAGGUAUUGUAAAUAAUAAUUUUUAAAACUUGCACAAAUCAAAACAAACACAAACAAAAUUGUAUUUUAUCCUGUUGGUGUUAAGAGGUGUUUCACUUGCUGAGAUUUCCUGUACAUUGCAAACAAAUACAGAAUGCAAACCCUCAAAGCUGUAUUAUCUGGUGUGUUUGUCCUGUAUUUACAGUUGUUUUUGACUAUGCAGGAGCUAUCAGUGCUAGAGUGAGCAUGCUUCAAAACUGUACAUGAAGCCAAUAUAUUUUUGGAUAAGUAAAACUGUCUGAAAGUACAUCUGUCAUGGCAGGCUUUAAAGAGAGUGCAUGAAAACUGAUCAGUCAUUGGAGAAGUUACCACCACACACAAAGGACAGGUUUUAAGUUUAUGAAACCCAAGGGCUAGGCCAUGGUAUAGACUUCUUCUAUGAGUGUGUGAAAAUGUGUUACUUUUAGGACGUGUAUUUGGUGCUACUCUCUGUGACCACCGAUGGGUCAGUUGCUAUAGAACAACAACACCACCACGAAACAUCUGUGCAGUUUUCAGAGUGUCACAAAGUCAAUAGGUCCUUACACGGUGCUAUUGCCCUAAGGGAAAUCCGAACUGAACUUAUGCACAUAGAAUUGUCACCCUGACUUUGAAGCCUCAAACAUGGAUCAAAUCUGUUGUGAAACAUCAAUAUAUGUAGCUGGAUGAGUGACUAGUUGCCCUUGUAUAAUAUGUGAUCUAAGAAAAUUGCUAAUCUUUCCCUGCCAUUUUGAGAAACACAGUCCAAACAUGAGCAUAAACAGAAUUUCCUGCAAUACAUCCCAGUAGGUCCACCUAGUUUACAACUUAAACUAGUUUGUGAAACAUUUGUCUGUAUACAUUUUAUAUUUUGUACAUUUUGAUGUAACAUAUCAUGUAAAUAGGCAGAAACAGUGAAAUAAAUCAUCUGAAAAGUUUUGUAGUCUUUGUAAAGCCCCAACAAUAAGUACUUGGUGUCAAUGGACUUAACUGGAUGAUGUAUUUUCUAUUGGUUUAUUGUUCCUCUAGCUUGUAAACCAGCUUGCAUAUAUUUUUUUGCAAAUGUGCACCCUGUAUCUGUCUAAAUUAUUACUUUGCCAUUAAAGUGGAAUUAUUUAUUGACAA